AUGGGCCUCUCCCCAUCCUCUGCAGUCUCUUCACCACCACCGACUGGUCUCCGUGGCAAGCGGGGGAGGAGAUCUUCUUCGGGGUCUUCCUCGGAGGCCUCCAACCCUGAACCAGUCGAGCCCUUCACCUUCUUCCUUCAGCCAACCACCAGGCGGGUGGCUCGGCUGAGGAAGAAGAGACAACGGAGGGCAGCUCCGAGUCCGCUUUGGUGUGCGGAACUCAGUCAUUACAAUGCCUGUGUCAGCGGCUGCCAAGAGACCUGCUCUAGCCUGGAUGCUGCAGGGACUUGUGGGAUAUGCGAAGAACGCUGUGAGUGUGACGAUGGCUUCCUGCUCAGUGGAGGAACGUGCGUGCUAGAAGAGGACUGUGGAUGCUGGGUAAACGAACAGCAUUAUGCGAUCAGAGAGACAUUUAUGGAGGGUGACUGUAACACACUGUGCGAGUGUCAGGGCCACGGGAAAAUUCACUGUUCCCCUGUGUCCUGUCUGGCCGGUGAAGUGUGUAUGGUUCAGGACGGGAUCAAGGGCUGCUUUCCUUCUAGCCCUGUGACCUGCAGUGUCUACGGUGACCCCCAUUACAUCACCUUCGAUGGCAAGGCCUGCUCCUUCUGGGGCACCUGCAACUAUACAAUAGUAAAAACAUGUGGCCCAGCUAACACCCAGUUCACUUUAACCGCAAUAAAUGAAGGGAGAGAGAAUCCCACAAGCUCUUCUCUUAACUCUGUAGCUCUCGACAUGGAAGGAUUCCACCUCACCAUCAGAAAGAACAAGCUGGUUUAUGUAAACGGUGCUCGGGUGAAUCUCCCUGCGGACUUUGGUUCCAUUCAUUUGUCUCAGUCGGGACCCUACGCUCAAGUUGAUACAGACUUCGGUGUGCGUCUGGUGUUUGAUGGAAGUUCCAGGCUGUUUGUGCAGGUGGAUGAGCGCUACAGAGGGAUGCUAUGCGGCCUGUGCGGUACUUACUCCGGAAGUCAGUUCGAUGACUUUUUAACUUCCGACGGAAACAAUGUAGCGGAUCCGCACGAGUUCGCCAGCAGCUGGAAUACAAAUGACAACUAUUGGCUGUGCAGCAAUGGCUCUCCAGACCCCACUGUGUGUGACUCAGACCUGGAGAAUGCUGCAUACACAGAGUGCAGUGCAUUGUUUGGAGAUGUUUUCACAGAAUGCCACUGGUUUGUUCCACCUCAGAUCUACGUAACAAGCUGCAUUACUGAUUAUUGUACUUACCAGGGGGAUACAUCUCAACUCUGCACCUCUUUUGAGGACUAUGUGUCUGCCUGUGAGGUGGCUGAGGUGUUUCUAACAGACUGGAGAAAUCACACUUUCUGUGAUUUGGAUCCUUUACUACCGUCAACAAAUGCACCCAAACCAACCUCGCUGCCUGAAAGCUGCAGGUGGAGCUGCAACUUUGACCAGGAUGAUUGUGGGUGGGAACAACUCAUCCAGGACAGUUUUGAUUGGACUAGAUGGUCGGGGUCUACGCCAUCAGAACUCACCGGGCCGACCGGUGACCACACCACAGGAAACGGCUUCUACAUGUAUAUUGAGGGAGACAGUGUGCUUCAUGGUGACUCGGCCCGUAUGAUGACUCCUGUCUGCUACACCUUUGAAAAGCAGUGUGUGAGUUUCUGGUAUCACAUGUAUGGUCCGGCGAAUGUUAUGGCACUCAACCUUUACCUGUUUGAGAACAACCGCGCAGUCAAACUAUGGUCCAAAACCAAUAACCAAGGCAAUCGCUGGUUCCAAGCCAAGGUUGAAAUCAAACCACAAGCAGCUUUUCAGAUAAUCGUGGAGGGCAUUAGGGGUUCAGAUCCUCGCUCAGAUGUGGCCAUAGAUGACGUGGUCAUAAGGUAUGGUGAAUGUGAAGAUAUUCCCGGAGAUGACUUUGACACGACCACUCUGGAACCCCCUCGGACUAGUUCAAAUUCAGUCAUCCCCCAUCCAGUUUGUGGCCUGAACUGUGAUUUUGAGAGUGAUAUCUGCAGUUGGACUCAGUUGCUGACUGACGUUUUUGAUUGGACAAGACAGAUAGGCUCCACCCCAACAUUAAAGACUGGUCCUUCCUCUGACCACACAACAGGAAGUGGCUACUACAUAUACAUCGAGGGAGAUAGUGCCACUCACGGUGACACGGCACGCCUCCUCAGUGCAGAAUGCACUGACAUUCAACCCCAGUGUCUUCAGUUUUGGUACCACAUGCACGGUGCCAGCAGCACCAUGGGGCUGAGCGUCUACCAGUUUGAGGGUAAUUUGGCCCAGGAGGUGUGGAGGAGGAGAGAUAACCAUGGAGACAUGUGGCAUCAUGCGCUGGUGGAUCUGAGGCCGACUGUUAAGUUUCAUGUGAUCUUUGAGGGGCGUAGAGGAAGCACAGCCCUGUCAGAUGUUGCCAUUGAUGAUGUCUCUCUGCACCGUGGAACCUGUGAUGAUUUAGUAAACCAGGUGAAACCAACAACUCCAGGCCCGUUGCCACCAACAGUGCAUACUACAGCCAGACCCAUCCAAACUACAUCUGCAUCUGUUGAAACUACGUCCAGACCUACCCAAACCACAGCUGAACCUGUUCACACUACUACCAGACCCGUCCAAACCACAUCUGAACCCGUCCAAACCACAGCUGAACCCGUUCAAACUACUACCAGACCCGUCCAAACCACAGCUGAACCCGUUCAAACUACGACCAGACCAGUCCAAACCACAGCUGAACCCGUUCAAACUUCGACCAGACCCGUCCAAACCACAGCUGAACCCGUUCAAACUUCGACCAGACCCGUCCAAACCACAGCUGAACCUGUUCAAACUUCGACCAGACCCGUCCAAACCACAGCUGAACCUGUUCAAACUUCGACCAGACCCGUCCAAACCACAGCUGCACCCGUUCAAACUACGACCAGACCUGUUCACACCACAGCUGAACCCGUUCAAACUACGACCAGACCCGUCCAAACCACAGCUGAACCCGUUCAAACCACGACCAGACCCGUCCAAACCACAGCUGAACCCGUUCAAACUACGACCAGACCCGUCCAAACCACAGCUGAACCCGUUCUAACUACGACCAGACCAGUCCAAACCACAGCUGAACCCGUUCAAACUACGACCAGACCCGUCCAAACCACAGCUGAACCCGUUCAAACUACGACCAGACCCGUCCAAACCACAGCUGAACCCGUUCAAACCACGACCAGACCCGUCCAAACCACAGCUGCAACCGUUCAAACUACGACCAGACCCGUCCAAACCACAGCUGAACCCGUUCAAACUACGACCAGACCUGUCCAAACCACAGCUGCACCCGUUCAAACUACGACCAGACCUGUUCACACCACAAAUGAAUCUCUCCAAACUACAGCUGGACCUAUUCAAACUACAGCAUCAACACCCUCUUGCCCCAUAAACAGUCAUUACACCGACUGCAUUCCUGCCUGCGAGCCUACAUGUUCACACCUGCACGGCCCGCCGAACUGUAACACAGAAGAGCCGUGCGUGCAGGGGUGUGUGUGCGACGACGGCUUUGUGCUUAAACAGCGCACGUGCGUGCCCAUCAGUGAGUGCGGUUGCAAAGACAGUCACGGCAAUAUUCACAGCUUUGGUGAGGUCUGGUAUGGCAGCCAUUGCUCACAGAGAUGCGAGUGUGAGGACGAUGGGGAGAUAGAAUGUGAAGAUUAUGAAUGUGAUGGAAAUGAGAUAUGUCACGUGACUGAACAGGGGCAGCAUAUGUGCCAGAAAGCUGCGUUCAGCAAAUGUACAAUCGAUGAUGACCCGGAGUACAGAACUUUUGACAAGAUGAAGCACAAGUUUAAAGGCAAAGAUUCCUACAUCCUGGUCCAAACCACCAACCUCCCCAGCAACAUCCCCGAUGUUUAUGUGGUCACGGUCAACAAAAAAGUCAAAGACAAGAGCAGCGAGGAAGACAGCAGUGAGGAGGACGAUGAUGAUGGUCGUCUGCGUGCUAUCAGAAUCAGGGUCUAUAACCACACAGUGGACUUUAAAAAGGGCCGUAAAAUUAUGGUAGAUGGUUUAAGCGUUCAAGCUCCUAUCUCCCCCUCCGGAGGAAUCAAGAUUUGGGAUCGCUCUUCUCGAGUUUUUCUGAAGACUGACUUUGGCCUCUUUGUGGAGUUCGAUGGCAAACACAAGGCAGAGAUCACUCUUUCCCACGUGUAUAAAAUAAAGAUCGGAGGUCUCUGUGGAAAUUUUGACGCUGUGGGGAAAAAUGACAUGAUGAAGCCAAACGGGGAGCAGGCAAGGAAUGUGAAGGAAUUCGGAGAGAGCUGGAGAGUGACAGACAGACGGAGGCAGUUCAUUCUUUAAGAAAAAUUGCUUCAGGAGCUGAAAGAUUCGCCAUCAGCUAUCCAGCAUCUGACAUCAGUAUGGACUUCCUUACUAAGCUGACACAUUACUUAAACUAGCUAGGGGUGUUUGUGUGCAACAUAUUCAUUUCUUAACAUGUCUUACAAAAAAAGUAUUCCCAUAAUUAUAGAAUGCCUCUAAAUGAACAGUAACAACUACUCUUAUGUUUGGGGCUGAUAUCUUAACACCCAAAUUGUUAAUGAAUAUUAAUUUGUUAGGAAUGUUUAUUUUAUUUGAAAAUGAUAAAUAAAGUUAGAUGUACAGGGCUGUGUUUAAAGUCAUCAUGAACUGUUGCUGUGAUUAUUAUAAAUGAUUUAUCAGUGCACAACAUCUUUUUUUCAAUUCAUUUGCACAUGUUAUCUUUAAUCAAAAACAUUAUGCUCCUCUCCCCCUCUCAACAACUCUUCAUCACAUGAUGUAAGCAAAAAAAAAAGAAGUAGGAAUACUGACGUUUCACUGGUUUGUUCGUCACGUAACGGAAAAGAAGUCAAUCGCAACUUCUGUUUCAUGGUGACUAGGGGUCAUGUUAAGUCCACUAAUGGCUUUCAAAUGCAUUUAAACUUUGUUACAAAUAUCCAUGUGAUCUCACAGAGGAAAGAUAUUUUGCACUUUAGGUUAAUAAAGGUUUUAAUUGCCCUCUUCAUUUUUAUUUAGAUUUUUAAUUGUGGUUCUUUGUUUUGAGAUAAUUAUUGGCAUUAUUUAGAAUUAAGACAUAAUGUAAACAUGUCAUAAAAGCAUACAUCUAAAAUUGCACAGUGGAGGUAAAUUAGUGUCCUACAGUCACAGUGGCGUCGUCACAUUUUUCCAUAAUUGGUUUCGUUUAAAGUUUUGGUAAAGCUUUCAAUGUUUAAUCAACAACUUAAAUAUUUAUAUAUUUUUUUAAACUUAAGAAUUACUUUCCUCAUUCAUUGUUAUGGCACAGGAAAGCAUUUUUAAAACAAAACGUAAUAACACUAAACUAAAACAUAUGUGUUUGGUUCAUUUGUGAAUACAAGAACUGGCUAGGCAGAUAACAACAACGGACGUAAGGAGAAUGUGAU